GUACCUGCCUGGUACCUGCCUCUACCCCUACUACCCUACCUACCUACCUCCUCCCCUCUUAGGUACAUAUAUCCUGCAGGUACCUCAGUUUUAAAGGCGUAUUAGUGUGCCACCCGCUGGAAUAUGUGGGUACCGGGCAUCCAAUCCAUCCCACCCAUCCCCAUCUCCGAUCCGCCCUGUUCUGCUCUGUCCCGCGCUGCUUCGCGUAGUACGCAGCAACAAUGGCUGGGUGUUCGGGUUUCUUGCUUCCCAUUCUGACUCGCUUGGCAGCAGAAUGGAAAGAUGACACUGGGGCCGAGCGUGUAGCCAGCAUUCAACACAAGUCUGGCGUGAUUCGCAACAAAUUGCGGCAUCCCACUCAGAACCACAGCUUGUGUGCACACAUAUGGGUUGUUAUAUCGACUCUCCGGGUUUCGGUUGGUGAAAAACCGCCGUCGUGCAGCGGGUGCCGAGAUCGCGAUAGCCCGUGUAUAGAUGCCCAGGCAAUAUUAAUCACUCUUCAACGUUGCCACAUAUCAAGCAUUAUUACCUGUCGGCCAUUCGUAAAGCUCGUCGUCGUCACCCUGCUUGGCUGGCACCGGGGCAAUUCGAUCCAGAAUCUCUUACUUCAAGAUUUGCUAAAUUAUAUUUCCCCCUUUUGAUGGAGAUGAUCCCAACGAUGCUACGUUACGUAAUAGCCCUCCUAUUCGUAUUAGCGGCUGUGGUCGGAGCUACGAACCUUUCCGCUCGACUUAUUACCCAGCAUUAACACAAGAUACAUCGCGACAGGCGAGAAGAUUCGGUCCUUGGCUUCCACACAUAUACCUAUGCAUAUGCCCAUGGAUGUAACGCAGGCCAUGUCUGUAUGUGCCUUGGGUAUAUAUUUCUCGGCUUCCUUACUCAGACACGCAGCAUUGCUAUGUAUGAUGCCGGUAAGCGCGUACCUCCCUACUUUAUAUUCGCAUACGCUCCCGCGCCCGCUUGGGUUUGAUACGGAGGCGAGUCGGUACGUGAAGACAACCUACAUUCUUUCUCAUCGCUACUCGCGGCAGGCCUAGGAUUUCGCGUCAAAUAGCUAAAGCCGUUAAAAUGCUUCCUCUAGUUGGGACUCGAUGCGCCAUCCC